AUGAGUGCUUCAAGAUUCAUCAAGUGUGUGACGGUGGGCGAUGGCGCGGUUGGAAAGACAUGUCUCUUGAUUUCUUACACCAGCAACACCUUCCCCACGGACUAUGUGCCCACGGUAUUUGAUAACUUCAGUGCGAAUGUGGUCGUAAAUGGAGCAACCGUAAACUUAGGCCUGUGGGAUACUGCUGGACAGGAGGACUAUAACAGAUUAAGACCUUUGAGUUAUCGAGGAGCUGAUGUUUUCAUUUUGGCAUUCUCACUCAUCAGCAAGGCUAGCUAUGAAAAUGUCUCCAAGAAGUGGAUUCCAGAACUGAAGCAUUAUGCACCUGGUGUCCCUAUUGUUCUGGUUGGCACAAAACUUGAUCUUCGGGAUGACAAGCAGUUCUUCCUUGACCAUCCAGGUGCGGUACCAAUCACUGCAGCACAGGGGGAGGAGUUAAGGAAACUGAUUGGGGCUCCAUCUUACAUCGAAUGUAGCUCGAAAACACAGGAGAAUGUCAAAGCAGUUUUUGAUGCGGCCAUUAAAGUUGUUCUUCAGCCACCCAAACAGAAGAAGAAGAAAGGCAAGGCUCAAAAGGCCUGUUCCAUUCUGUGAUCAGCAUUAUGUGUUGAGACACAUAAUCCACCAAUCAUCAUGUUCAACGCCAUUUUUUUGUCUCUCUCAUCUUUAACAGAUUCGUAUGUAGGUUUGUGUCCCCUUGUGGUACUUUUGCUAAAAGUAACUAGCGAUCUAUUUGAAACUAUCUCGGUGGCAGCUUGAAUUCUUUGUCUAUUGCCUUUUCAACCCUAAUUUGCUAAGUCAGUCGCGCUUUAGGUGACUUAGCUGUGCCCUUCUGUUUUGGUUCGUUUUUCCUUUUAUGCAUUCACUGGACAGAAAUUGUGAUGUUCGCUAAAUAUAUUCAUUGGUUCUUGAAUUUUGUCAGAAUCUUUCCAGUCCUGUAGUUGGGUUGAGGUUUUCAUUUUUAUUUUUAUUCUUUUGUACUUUUUUUAUAUGAUCAUAUCAGCUUGGGUGGUGGUAUGUGCUUCAAUACUUGAUCCACAUUGGUUCUUGAAUUUUUCCAGUCCUGUAGAGGUUUUCUUUUUCUUNUUUUCUAU